AUGGCCGCAAGACAAGCUUCUUUUAUUCACGUGGAUGAACACUUCAUUCACUUGGAACUAAGUUCUUCUGAUUUAGUCUCUCAUCCAAUCAGCUGUCCCCCACCAAAAAGAGAGUUUGAGUUCCAGACAACUUCAGUUUCACAUGAGAAAGAGUCUUCUUCUUCCCUUGCUGAUGAGCUCUUCCAUAAAGGAAAACUCCUUCCUCUUCACCUCCUUUACAAUUCCAAUCCCAUCUCUGAGUCUGCUAGAACUCACUCAGCCUUGACAGAUUAUAACUUUCCCUUGCCUUCUUCGCGUCCUAGCAUUUCACCUUCAGAAUCAUCCAUGGCUACGAGUGGAGUAAACUCAUACAAGUUUCCAUCCGUAUUGCAUAGUGAAAUCAAUGGGUUUUCUGGGUAUCCUCCAAAGAAAUCUUGGUCCAAGAAGCUGAAACAGAUUAAGCAGUCCCGGCUAGGUCAAAGGCUCAAGGCUUCACGAGCUUAUUUGCGAUCUCUGUUUAGAAAAUAUGAUUGUUCGGACAAGUCAUGUGUAUCUGUAUCAAACAAUGCUGUAGCAGAAAAGAAAUCGAAAACUCCAUCUGAAAUCGUCCAUGGUACAAGGCACCAGUUGUUCAUGAAGACCAUAAGCAGAGAGCUGAUCAAAGAUGGCGUGGAGGCGCAUAGGAGAUCUUUUUCAGGGGCGAUUCGACAUUCUGUGGUGAAGGCUUCAUCUUUUAUGUCCACACCUUCAUUUGGGUCCUUAUCUUCGUCGUUUUCACUCAGCUCAAGCUCAAGGAGUAGUAGUUCAAACUCACAGCGAGAAAGAUCGAUUGAAGGAGCCAUAGCCCAUUGUAAACAAUCUCAGCAACAAUAUUCUUCGUCGAAGAUUCCAGAUGAUUUCAGGAGUUGUUCAGAAUCUGCUUCAAAAUUGGCAAUUUAG